AUGGAAAAAACAAGCAAUGUAACUGUAUUCAUUUUCUUGGGUCUUUCUCAGAACCCAGAGGUGGAAGAAGUUUGUUUUGUGGUGUUUUCUUUCUUCUACAUGGCUAGUCUUCUGGGAAACCUUCUCAUCACGCUGACAGCGCACAUGGGCAACCUUCUCAAGUCUCCUAUGUAUUUCUUUCUCAACUAUUUGUCUUUUGUGGACAUCUGUUACUCCUCAGUUAUAGCUCCAAAGAUGAUUGUUGACCUCUUAGCCAAAAGAAAAACUAUUUCCUACCCAGGGUGCAUGUUGCAACUCUUUGGGGCACAUUUCUUUGGUUCCACUGAGGUCUUCAUCCUUAUCCUAAUGGCCUAUGAUCGGUAUGUGGCCAUCUGUAAACCUCUACACUAUUUGACUAUCAUGGACCAGGACAGAUGCAAUAAAAUGUUGCUGGGGACCUGGGUAGGUGGGUUCUUGCACUCUGUGAUUGAGAUGGCUUUGGUGGUCCAGCUCCCCUUUUGUGGACCCAAUGAGAUUGACCACUACUUUUGUGAUGUCCACCCUGUGCUCAAACUGGCCUGCACAGACACAUAUGUUGUUGGUAUUGUUGUGACAGCCAACAGUGGGACCAUUGCUCUGGGGAGCUUUGUUACCUUGUUAAUCUCCUACUCUGUCAUCCUGUUGUUUCUGAGAAAGCAGUCAGCAGAAGGCAGGCGCAAAGCUCUCUCCACUUGUAGCUCCCACAUCGCUGUGGUCGUCAUGUUUUUUGGUCCCUGUACUUUCAUGUACAUGCGCUCUGAUGUUACCUUUGCUGCAGAUAAAAUGGUGGCUGUGUUUUACACCAUUAUCACCCCCAUGUUAAAUCCUUUGAUUUAUACACUGAGAAAUGCAGAAGUGAAAAAUGCAAUGAAAAUAUUGUGGUAUAAGAAGCUGGGUGAUUUUAGUCUUUUCAAUCUUGGUUAA